CUUUUUAGUCAUUCAUCUGCCAAAAUACCUUAACAGUGGCCUUAAUAAGGGGUCACAUUUUAGUCAUUUUAAUCACAUUAUGACUAAAUGAUGGCUGGAUCCACAGAGUCCACUACUUUGACGCCAAUACACAUUUUAGAACAUGCCCGCGAUUAGUGACCCCCAUCUUCUCUAUGAUUUUACAACGUCAAUAAGAAUGUAUUCAAUAUUGCGGUAUAAAAUGGACCUGGGACCAGUGCAUCUGUAUCCUGUCACAUUGAGCUUUCGGGAGGAUGUGGAGUUCCAUUGUUGCCAUAGCAGCCCUAGUUGCUGUUGGACUUGCAAAACAAGUACCAACUUGCCAGUAUGGAGAAUGGAGCAGUUGCGGAGGAGAGACUUGCGCAUCAAACUUCAAGAAGGGUAGGAUGGAAUCAUUCGAACUUACAGCGACCAAGUUUGACGCGGGCCGACAAUAUAUGAAGAUGAUGACCAAAGAAAAACUGAAGAGUGCUGCUGAGAGAGUGAGUUGCCGCAAAGAUGGCACAUGCCCCGAACUCAUGGGACAGGCUCCAACUGACGGACCUCGAAAAUGCAUCGAUGGAGCUGCUGGUACAAUUCCCGGAUCGUCAAGUCCCCUCGCUUGUCAUAACAUCGACCAACUGUCGUUCUUGUCCCUAGAUGCCCUUGACAUGGAUCAUGAUGAUGCUUACAACCGUGAAAGUAACGACAUUUGGGGAUGGACGGAUCCAGACAACGGUGAAGAAUACGUGAUACACUGUAUGACGACAGGUACCUCAUUCGUCCGUAUUUCCCCAGACCCCGAGAACCCAACUGUGGUCGCUUUCCUGCCUACCCAUACCUCCACCAGCUCCUGGAGAGACGCUAAGGUAAUCAACAACCACGCUUACAUUGGCUCAGAGGCAUCGGGUCACGGUAUGCAGGUCUUUGAUUUGACCAGACUUCGUGGUCAGGAAAGUCUUGGCGUGGUAUCACAUGACUUCCACUACAACAAGGUCGGCAAUUCUCACAACAUUAUCUCCAAUGAGGAGACAAAUACCAUCUUCAUCGUUGGGGCAUCCGGAUCAUACUGGUCCGACUACAUAUCUUGUUCAAGUGGUCUUCACAUGGUUGAUGUAUCAGACCCGAAGCAGCCCGUGUUUGCCGGAUGUUAUUCCGAGGAUGGCUACACUCACGAUGCCCAGUGUGUCAUCUACAGGGGUCCAGAUGGGAGAUACACUGGAAGAGAAAUUUGUUUCAAUUACAACGAAGAUUCUUUGACUAUUGUUGAUGUCACUGACCGUUCUAACCCUGUAAUGGUCAGCAAGAUGGGAUAUGAUCUCUCCAAAUACACACAUCAGGGUUGGUUGACUGAGGACCAGACAAUGCUUCUAUUAGACGACGAACAGGACGAAUACUACGAGAAGAACGGUGAUCAGAACACUUACACAUACCUUUGGGACGUGAAAGAUCUGAGGAAUCCUGUUUGGAGAGACACAUUCAUCUCUACCCAACAGUCUAUCGAUCACAACCAAUACAUUAAGGGCGACUGGACAUACCAGUCCAACUACGAAGCUGGGCUCAGAAUACUUAGGAUUGACCAGCGUGGUUUCCAAUUGACUGAGACAGGAUUUUUUGAUGUUUUGAGUGACGUUGAUGAUGGCAGAGUCCGCUACUCGGGAUCAUGGAGCAACUACCCAUACUUUGACUCUGGUGUCAUUGCAAUGACAUCCAUCGAGUAUGGAUUGUAUCUAGUGAAACCCGACAUGGAAAGAAUGGAGGCAGAGUACUUCAUGCAGCAGAACGGACUCCAGUCCCGGGACAGUAGGGACCCAAUGUGCCCUACGCAGACACGUGCAUGCCCAGCCCCACGUUGUUACUAGAAAACAUGGCGACUUUAGACUGAAUAGAUUAAAUUGACAAAAGAAAUGAAAUAAACUGAAUUCUGAAUCUGAA